AUGGGCAACAACCAUGCCGGUGAUCUGACACAAUGGCAAGAGUUGCCUUGUCGGAAAGGCUACCAGCCCACGUUUUGGAAGAGGGUCAAAGCCGUUGCCAGCCGACACCGCCGUCUCCCAGGGACAAAAACCAAUGCCCGUCCACGCCGUCAGCAUCGGAGCCAAGAGACUCAUAAGGAAGCGAGGCUUACGAAAGAAGACAUAAAAUGUGGGCCAUGGGACACAAAUGAGCUUCAAGUUCUCAUGGAAGCUGGUUCAAAAGGAAUGAAGCGAGUCGGAAAUCAAGUGCUUGGCGUGUUUGAUGAAAUCACCAAAUUAGCGCCGCAACAUCGAUCAUUGGCAAGCAGUGGCGUCUUCGAGGUGGACCCGCAACUCUGUGUCCCAUCCCUGGACCUGGAACUUACGUUGCCCCUUGAGGCUUCCGCCCUCGAGAAAAUUGUAAGAGUUUUCUACUCUACCCGCUCAUCGCUCGGGGUCAAUGGAAAUCGACGAAUCGACCUUUCACGUCGAAACUCUUACGCCUUGGACAUCGGUUCCGAAGCACAGCUUUCAAACCCAGCGUUUCUCGGCUAUGUGCAAUCAUUGCUGUCCACCGCGACAGAAGCUCUCACUUGUACUCCACGAGAUGCCCUCUUGGGAUUUGCCAACCCCUAUUUAGACCCAGGCAAGCUGGAAGACGUCACCUUGUCGAUCCGCCUAACAAGCUCUUAA